GUUGAAUCUGGAUCAAUUGCAUUUGCGUGUGCUUACUGAUGUGAGUCCCCUCCCCCUUUCGCACCACAAAGCACUACCACACCACUGUCACUCACUCAAUACACAUGCGGACGGACGGACAGACAGACAGACAGAGGCAGGCAGGUCAGGGAGAAAAAUAGUCUCUUUAAGUGUCAGACAGGUCCGGCUCGCCGAUGCACACACAGACCCCCCCACACACACAUCAGGGCAGGAUAACGACAAAUACACAGGCAGCCACAGUCGCUCAUUCAUUGCAGUCCAGCCAGCGCACAUACACCCAGCGAUCAACGAAUAAACACACCAAUGCACACUCUCACACGGGGGCACCAGCAGUGUGCCGGCAGAUCAGCUAACUUAGAUGAGGCACAAAAGAAGGACAGACAGACAGACAGACAGGCAGACAGGGGCGCACAGAGGACGGCACAAAUGGACGGAAGGCAGACAUUUAUGUUCGUACAGCAAGAGAGAGGGAGAAGCACAUCUCCCUCCCUCCCUCCCUCGCUACUGCACCACACGCAGCACCUCUACCUCGUCCGCCAUCGACACGAAUGACCCGCCCAGAUAAACAGCACAAAUCACCCAUGGUUCACAUCAUGCGAUAGCACAUGGACAACAAAAUGACGAAAGCCAUGGACAGACCGACAGAAAGCACACCCAUUUACGGCAUUCGAGCAUGUAAUACCUUUCACAUACAGGCAGCGCAGCUGAUUGACGCUACACGCCCAGGCCGGUAUCCACACCCUUAUUGGAACCCAUUUGCCGAUCUGUUUUGCGACGGAGUUGCUCGUCUUGCACCUGCUCCUUCGUUGGCGGGCCAUACGAGUCUGGCAACUCGCAACCGCAACAUAUCAAACAUCUUAUCAUGACGCCGAGACAGAAGGCGGCCUUCAUCUUGCUUAUCAUCUGCACCACACAGCAGACACAACAGACAAACAGCCAUCGGGGCAGUAUAAAAGGACACCAUAGGAACAUGCCUCCCUUGCUCACCGGCAGAAAUGCGAGGAUCGCAGAGAUGAGUGUGAGGAGGAUGGCUACGAUGGCGAUGAUGGAGGAGUAGUCGAGGGGGCACACGAUCCUCUCGCCGUCCUUGUCAAGGCAUUUCGGGUAUUCCGUGCGAGAGCCGUUCGUCAAGAUGCCCCACACCAUAAUACCUUCACGUACAAACAAGCCGAGCGACAUCGGUCUGUCUGUGUACUGGGCGCCAGUAUGUUGCUGACCGACGAAGAAGAAGAUGAGUGCUCCAGUGUAGCUGAAGGGGAUGAAUAUCGCAAGCUUGUCGUUGCCCAGCAAGCUGAGGACACUGCUCGCAAGCCACAAAAACGAAUGGUCAAUUUGCAGAAGCUCAUAAAGGCAUGGUGCAUGGAGCAGAGGGAGACCUACCCGGCAACGGCGCCAACGAACAGAAGGGCCACGCCGAAGGUCCUGAAAGGACAGCAUCGACAGGUCACUGUGGAUCCUCUGGCUGAAAAAAACGGGUUAGGCAGCUCACCCCAGUGAGACCAUAGUGUAGCCGCCGUUGAUAUUCUUCUGCAGGGCCUUGCAUUCGUC